UAUAUUUAGGGACGAUUGUGUGCUGGGUGUAUGAUAUUUGUUGUACAAAAUAGCGUACACAAAUGCAGUGAAAAUCAUUUAAAAGAAGAUACGGCUGCAGGAAUAGAAGUAAACAAGUAUAAGUUGAUAAAGUCAAAGGAUGAUGAACCAAACAUAAAUAAUAGUUUAAAAACGGUUAAUAAGAAACUACCAAAAAAUACAAAUUCUUUAGAAAUUAGUGAUUUUAAUGAUGUGUCGGCUGAGAACUAUAAAAAGUCUGAAGAAGAAGGUGUUGCUAAAAUUGAUAUGCCAAAACUCAUUGAAUUAAUUGAACCAUGUGCACCGCUUUGGAACUUCAAAUUGUCACUGAGUGAAGGAUCUGAUACGAUCAAGAGUAAUCUGUGGAAUAGUAUAUAUGUAAAUUUUAAUGGAAAAUAUUCAAUUCCUGCAUUAAAAAAAAGUUGGGAGUACUUAAAAGAAAAGUACACUAGGGAGAAAAAAAUUGCACCAUCUGGCAGUGCAUCUAUAAAAAGAGAGUGGCCUCAUUUAAAAAGUUUACAGUUUUUAGAUGACGUAGUAUUAUGUCAAAAGCGCGAAGAAUUUGAUAUAGAUGAACCUUCAAAACGGAAAAAAAGUAUGUAUUAUAUGUUAUAA